UGGCGCCCGUGGGUCUGCAUCAGGUCUCUGAAGAGCACGUUGACAUGAGUGUCCAUGUGUACUUGGGUCUGAAAACAGUGUGAGGAGGCAACCUGGUAGUCCUUCCGUACCGAGGACUGGUUUCUACCUGCAGCUCCUGGGUUCAGAGGUGGGGCUUUCUCUCCGCCUGGGAUCAGCCUCUGGUUCAGCACAUGCUCCCGCACUUCAGAAAAGCCAGCGCCGUCCUGUAGCUAAGGAUGGCAGUUUGCAUUCUGUGACUGUCGUCAGUAGUCUGUUCUUGGAUCACUGGGUGAUGCUGUGUUCCUCCCUCUCCUGCUGGCACUCUUUAAUUACCUGAGGAAGGAGGUUCCUCAGUGAUUUUUGUCCUGGGAGUCGGAGAAGGUUGCUGUUCGUCCUGCUAGGCCAGCCCUGCCCGCACAGACCCCACGGUACCUGGCACGUGGUCGGGAGCCGGCACGGGCGGCUCCCCUGCCCGGGAGGCCCAUGGAGAGGAUGCCCGGUGGCAGGACCGUCAUCAAAGAGGGGAUGCUGACCAAACAGAACAAUUCAUUCCAGCGAUCAAAAAGGAGAUACUUCAAGCUGCGGGGGCGGACGCUGUACUAUGCAAAAACGGCCAAGUCCAUCAUAUUUGACGAGGUGGACCUGACAGAUGCCAGCGUGGCUGAAUCCAGCACCAAGAACGUCAACAACAGUUUCACGGUCAUCACUCCAUGUAGGAAGCUCAUCUUAUGUGCUGACCACAGGAAAGAGAUGGAAGACUGGAUUGCAGCGCUGAAGACUGUCCAGAACAGGGAGCACUUUGAGCCUUCCCAGUACAGCAUGGACCAUUUCUCAGGGAUGCACAACUGGUACGCGUGUUCCCAUGCGCGGCCGACCUACUGCAACGUGUGUCGCGAGGCUCUGUCUGGGGUCACGUCGCACGGACUGUCCUGUGAAGUGUGCAAAUUUAAGGCCCACAAACGGUGUGCUGUGCGUGCAACCAACAACUGCAAGUGGACCACGCUGGCCUCCAUCGGGAAGGACAUCCUUGAGGAUGAGGACGGGAUCGCCAUGCCGCACCAGUGGCUGGAAGGGAACCUGCCCGUGAGCGCCAAGUGCACGGUGUGCGACAAGACGUGCGGCAGCGUGCUGCGCCUGCAGGACUGGCGCUGUCUCUGGUGCAAGGCCAUGGUGCACACGUCAUGUAAAGAGUCCUUACAGACCAAGUGUCCGCUGGGCCUGUGUAAGGUGUCGGUCAUCCCGCCCACAGCGCUCAACAGCAUCGAUUCUGACGGCUUCUGGAAGGCCACAUGCCCUCCGUCCUGCACGAGCCCGUUGUUGGUCUUUGUCAACUCCAAAAGUGGGGAUAACCAGGGUGUGAAGUUCCUCAGAAGAUUCAAACAGCUGCUGAACCCUGCCCAAGUGUUUGACCUCAUGAACGGAGGACCACACCUUGGCUUACGCUUAUUCCAGAAGUUUGACACAUUCCGGAUCCUGGUUUGUGGUGGGGAUGGCAGCGUUGGCUGGGUGCUCUCUGAGAUUGAUGGCCUCAAUCUUCACAAACAGUGUCAGCUGGGAGUGCUGCCCCUCGGCACAGGGAACGACCUGGCUCGUGUGCUAGGCUGGGGCUCAGCCUGUGAUGAUGACACCCAGCUCCCGCAGAUCUUGGAAAAGCUAGAAAGAGCCAGCACCAAGAUGCUGGACCGGUGGAGCGUCAUGGCCUACGAGACCAAGCUGCCCCGGCCGGCCUCCGCUUCCACCGGCACUGAGGACUUCAGCGAGGGCUCUGAGGUGCAACAAAUCCUCUUCUAUGAAGACUCAGUGGCGGCCCACCUUUCUAAAAUCCUGACCUCAGACCAGCACUCGGUGGUGAUUUCCUCAGCCAAAGUGCUCUGCGAGACGGUGAAGGACUUUGUGGCUCGGGUGGGGAAGGCCUACGAGAAGACCACAGAGAGCUCGGAGGAGUCAGAGGUCAUGGCCAAGAAGUGCUCUGUCCUGAAAGAGAAGCUGGACUCUCUCCUCAAGACCCUGGACGAUGAGUCCCAGGCCUCGUCCUCCCUGCCCACCCCGCCCCCCACCAUCGCGGAGGAGGUGGAAGAUGGGGAUGGGGCGGGCAGCGGCUGCGGCUCCACUGGGGAGCGCUCGGUGGGGUCGACGUGCCCCUCCCGGCCGCAGAUAUUCCGUCCACGGGAACAGCUCAUGCUCAGAGCCAAUAGCCUGAAGAAAGCCAUCCGGCAGAUCAUAGAACACACAGAAAAAGCUGUCGAUGAGCAGAACGCCCAGACCCAAGAACAGGAGGGGUUCACCUUAGGUCUCUCUGAGUCGGAAGAGAGAAAAGACCCGAAGGAUGACAGAGUGUGUCCCACGGAGAGCUGUGGGGUUGCCAAGGCCAGGAGCCUCCGCAAAGUGUCCAAAUCCCCAUGUGAGAAGCUGAUAAGCAAAGGAAGUUUGACACUGGGCAGUUCUGCCUCUCUUCCUCCCCAGUCAGGAAACCGGGAUGGGCUGCCCGCACUGAACACCAAGAUCCUGUUCUCGAACGUUCGGGCUGGGAUGUCUGGUUCCUUGCCUGGAGGUUCAGUCAUCAGUCGCCUGUUAAUUAAUGCUGAUCCCUUUAACUCGGAAUCAGAAAACCUAGAGUAUUACACGGAGAAGUGCGUCAUGAACAAUUAUUUUGGCAUCGGCCUGGAUGCAAAGAUAUCCCUGGACUUCAACAACAAGCGUGACGAGCACCCAGAGAAGUGCAGGAGCCGGACCAAGAACAUGAUGUGGUACGGAGUUCUCGGAACCAAAGAGCUGCUGCACAGAACCUACAGGAACCUGGAGCAGAAGGUCCUGCUGGAGUGUGAUGGGCGACCCAUCCCACUCCCCAGUCUCCAGGGGAUUGCUGUCCUCAACAUUCCCAGCUAUGCCGGAGGGACCAACUUCUGGGGGGGCACCAAGGAAGAUGAUACUUUUGCAGCUCCGUCAUUCGAUGAUAAGAUUCUGGAGGUGGUCGCUGUAUUUGGCAGUAUGCAGAUGGCCGUCUCUCGCGUCAUUAGGCUGCAGCAUCACCGAAUCGCCCAGUGUCGCACGGUGAAGAUUUCCAUCCUGGGGGAUGAGGGCGUACCUGUGCAAGUGGACGGAGAGGCCUGGGUCCAGCCUCCGGGAUACAUUCGGAUCAUCCACAAGAACCGGGCACAGACGCUCACCAGAGAUCGGGCGUUUGAGAACACCCUCAAGUCCUGGGAAGACAAGCAGAAGUGUGAACUUCCUCGCCCUCCGUCUUUCUCUCUGCACCCGGAGAUCCUGUCUGAGGAAGAGGCCACGCAGAUGGACCACUUCGGGCAGGCGGCGGGAGCCCUCAUCCACAGUAUCCGGGAGAUAGCUCAGUCCCAUCACGACAUGGAGCAGGAACUUGCCCACGCCGUCAAUGCCAGCUCCAAGUCCAUGGACCGGGUGUACGGCAAGCCCAGAGCCACAGAGGGGCUGAACUGCAGCUUUGUCCUGGAAAUGGUGAAUAACAUCAAAGCUCUGCGCAGCGAGACGGAACUGCUGCUGGCCGGGAAGAUGGCCCUGCAGUUGGAUCCCCCUCAAAAAGAGCGGCUCGGGGCCGCUCUUGCCGAGAUGGACCAGCAGCUCAGGAAGCUGGCGGACACCCCCUGGCUGUGCCAGCCCGUGGAGCCCGGUGACGAGGAGAAUGUGAUGCUGGAGCUUUCCAAACGCAGCCGCAGUGGCAAAUUCCGCCUGGUGACGAAGUUUAAGAAAAACAGCAAGAACAGAGAAGCCCGCAGUAGCCUGGGAGCCCCGGUUCACCUCUGGGGGACAGAGGAGGUUGCUGCCUGGCUGGAGCACCUCAGUCUCUGUGAGUAUAAGGACAUCUUCACGCGGCACGACAUCCGGGGCUCCGAGCUCCUGCACCUGGAGCGGAGGGACCUCAAGGACCUCGGCGUGACCAAGGUGGGCCACGUGAAGCGGAUCCUGUGUGGCAUCAAGGAGCUGAGCCGGAGCGCUCCUGCCACCGAGGCCUAGCCGUGGCCCUGUCGGCCUGCGUCCCCCGCUCGCCCCGCGACUGAGGCCGGGGACCCGCUGCCCCUUCUCAUGGUGCUACUCCCCCCUGCUCCGGACGGGAAGCCUCGCGGACGCCCGUUCCGUGACCGUCCCGGGGUCUCGCGCACACCAACACAGCUACCUUCGAAACGACACCUCGUCCGGCCCCGACACCGCGUGGGGCGGACCGCCACCACCUCUCCGCGCCUGCCGACCCGGGACCCGGGCCGGGCCCGGCCUCCGGGCGCCGGGUUGUCCCGUGGAGGCGGCCCGCCUGGGCCGCGCGAGCUCGUCCCGCGGGUCCCCGCCGCAAGCCCCGUGACCACGCGCCGCGCGGCCUCCCCCCGGUGUGCGGACCCCGGCCCGGCCGGCAGCCUCCCGCGCCGGCAAGUUCCGUGUCCGCGGGCCACCCUGGUUCUCCGCGGCAGCCUUGCGAGGCCCCCGCCUGACGC